AUGAGCAUCACAGGCGUCAGUGUUCAUGUCACCACGAAGCUGGGCCUGCCUGUGCUGUCGCUGGACCUAUCGCUGCGUCUGCUCGUGCGAGCACGAAACCCCAACUACAUGCCCGUCUCCUACUCCGCUGCCACUGUCGCCAUCUACUAUGAUGGUACCAAGAUAGGCGAGAGUAACAUGGGAGCGGGGCAGUUCAUGCCACGGGACAACAAGGUCAUGGAGCUAUCUGCCACCAUGAGUGCGCUUGAGCUAGCAGCAGCCAAUGCACGGCGCCUGCUGAGCGACAUGCUGAAUCGCAGUGUCACAGUGGAGGCUGUCACUUCCUUCCCUGCCGUUGCCCACGGCCUCUGUGACACCCUUCACCCCCGCCUUCUGGUGGAGCUGAGGAACGAGCCCGCGCUUCUUUCCGCCAUCUCCGCCAUUCACGCCGCGCCAGCGCGCGCAGUGCUUGCCGUCACGGGAGGCGCGUCGCAGGCCGUGGGAUGGCUAGUUGCGGUUCCCGGCGCGUCGCAGACAGUUCUGGAGGCUGUGCUGCCGUACUCGCAGCGCGCGUUCGACCAAUACGUGAACGCCACGUGGCACGCGCAGGCGCAGGUGCAGCUUGCUGUGCAGGAGCGGGGGGAAGACGGGCGGGCGGAGGGGAGUACGGCGGGGGGAUGGGGGGCGGAAGGGGAGGAGGGGAGGGAUGCGGAUGGAACGCGCAAGCAGCAAACGAGACAGUAUGCGAGCAGAGCAGCAGCGCAGCAGCUCGCCUUUGCUUCCUACAAUCGAGCCCUCUCGCUCGCUCCCAUCGCACAGCCGGUGGUGGGGGUGGGCUGCACGUGUGCGCUGGUCUCUGGUGCUCCCAAGAGGGGCGCGCACAGGUGUCACAUAGCAGCGCGCUCCCAAGGCAUGCUGUGGGAGUACUCCCUUCACCUAUCCAAGGUAACUCUCGCCCUUUCUCCCUCUUCUGUCUACAAUUCUCCUCUUCUCCAUCUCCCUUAUUUCCCCUUCUCUCCCCUCUCUCUUCACUCUCCCCCUCCCCCCUUCCUCACCUUCCCCUCUUCCCCCUCUCCCGCCUCCCCCCCGGUCCCUUUUCAGGUGCUAGCAGCGAGCAUGGGGCUACCAGCAGUGGCGGGGGGGUUGGCGGUGGGGGAGGGGCGGGGGGACGAGGUGGAGGAGGCAGCAGCGGUGGUGGGGCGGGGGGAGCAGAUACAAGAGGUGCUGGAAGGCCGAGUGCCAUACGCUGUCUUUGCCGCCCCUACCUGGGCGAGCAGGUGGGGAGCAGCAGGGGAGGGGCGCAGAGUGAUACUGUGCGGUUCAUUCAACCCACUGCACCAGGGGCACACUGACUUGAUGGCUGCUGCGCUGCUAGAGGUGCCGGGCGGAGUGCCAUGCUAUGAGAUGGCAGCAUGGAACGCGGACAAGGGAGCCAUUCCAGUGAAGGAGGUGGAGAGGCGAGUCCACCAGUUCACUGCUCAUGGUCACAUGGUGGUGGUAACCCGCCUGCCUCUCUUUGCUAGCAAGGCCUCCCUCUUCCCCCACUCCACCUUUGUCAUUGGCUACGACACUGCUGUUCGCUUGCUCGACCCAAAGUACUAUGGCAACAGCCACAGCAGCAUGAUGGAUGUGCUACAUGGCAUUGCCCACUCUGGCUGUGACUUCCUUGUCGCUGGCAGGCUCGUUGGCUCCUCCUUUCAGUCGUCUGAGACAGCUGCUGCUGCUGCUGCUGCUGCCACCACUGCUGCUGGUGACGGUGAUGGUGAUGGUGCUGGUGCUGGUGCUGGUGCUGGUGCUGGUGCUGGUGCUGGUGCUGGUGCUGGUGCUGGUGCUGGUGCUGGUGCUGGUGCUGGUGCUGGUGCUUCUUGA